UAACACACUGCAUCACCUGGCGGACGCGAACGCACCAUCCGGCUCUCUCACGAGUCUUAACACGCAUCCAGUUUAAUUUCUAUCACCUUUAUUUUUCAUUUCAUGAGCAGUGAUGACUCAAAGAGAAGACUGAUCUUUUUAGGAACCGUGAAGCUCUGACAUGGAUGUGAUGGAUCACCUCUAGUACGCGCGCCCCCAGAGCGCGCCUUUGCUACGGUUUUCUUUCUUCACCCCUUUCUCUUUGGAUAAGGUUCGUUCCAGAUCUACUUUGGAGAUACUUGUUCCUUCGCCUUCUGGUAGAUCUUUAAGAGCAGCGUGGUGAGACAGCACUGAGAGCAGUGCGGCGGUGAGGGGGAAACGCUUGACCCAACUCCAGGAUGCUCCGUGCGCCCUCGCGUCACACCGCGCACCCGGUCUGCGUGCGCUUCAGAUAACUGAAGAAUAAUCAUCAAUUGGGAAGUACUGCAUUGAAGUUUCAGAGUUUGAAACCUCCACCUGAUCCCCCUUUUUUUGUCGUCGCAAACAUGCCCGUGAACGCCAUGCCGAGAGCAGGAGGAGGAUCUCUGAGUCCGGCGGCUCUGUCCCGCAGCCUCUCGCGGCUCAGGGAGCUCCGAACGCGGACUCGCCUCAUGCUGUCGCUCGGUGUGGCGCAGAUGGUGCUCGGGAGUCUCAUUCUGGCGGUGAGCUUCGCCGCUCUGGCUCUAACUACCUCUCCCAGAGUCAGGCAUUCCUGUCCCUUCUGGGCCGGGUUCUCGGUGCUGCUGUCAGGUCUGAUCGGAGUUGUGUCAUGGAAAAGACCCCUCUCUCUGGUGAUCACUUUCUUCAUGUUGCUGUCUGCAGUCUGCGUGAUGUUGAACCUGGCGGGUGCCAUCUUGUCCUGUCAGAAUGCUCAGCUUGUCAACUCACUUGAGGAUUGUCAACUGAUAAAGUUUGACAGUGACGGCGUGUGUGUUUGCUGUACACUCCAGCACCAGAGCUCCAGCUGCAACAAUUUAGGAGAGACUCUCAAACUCAACCCACUGAGGGACUGCAAUACCAUACGCCUACGUCUGAAGGAGCUGUUGUUUAGUGUAUGUGCAUUAAAUGUCAUCUCCACCAUCGUGUGUGCUCUAGCCACAGCCAUGUGCUGCAUGCAGAUGGUCUCUACUGAUAUACUGCAGAUGUUCAUGCCUCACAGGGCACGUGCUCUGAGUGCUGACUGUAUGACCCCUCAUGGCACCAUCCUUCACCAGACACUGGACUUUGACGAGUUCAUCCCGCCCAUUCCUCCUCCACCAUACUAUCCUCCAGAGUACACCUGCACGCCUGUGCUUGAGGGACAAAGAGGUCUACAUCUAGACUUCCCUCACUCGCCCUUCAGUGCCAUAUACGGUGUUCCCAUUAACAGCCCAGGAAUCGUGUAUCCAUCUGAGCUUCCGCCUCCGUACGAGUCGGUGGUGGGUCAGACCCCAGCCAGCCAGGCCACCACGAGUUUGGAGCAGCAGGCCACCGAGUCCAGCGUGUGUGAGAGAAACACAACCACUGGCCUCAGCACUCAGGCAUCAGUGGACAGUGCGUCCCUAAUGGUAUCAGAGUCAGCAGAUGUCCCUGACCAGAGCUGUUCCUCAGAUGAUCUGUGCUCUCUGGAGGUCCAGGGCUCUGAUUUAUCUCCGUACACAGCACUGUGUACAAGCUGCACCAACCCUGAGCACAGCACUCACUCUCAUGCAUGUUCUCACGCUAACCUGGACCUCAGUGAGUCCUCAGUCAUGCAGGACUCCAUCACCCGCUCCAUGGAGAACGUCGUUGCACCUGAGAGGGACGAGAGCUCCAUAACCUCACAGCCUUCAACUGAGUCAAGAGCACGAGUUAGCAUGAAGCUGUCACUUCCUGUUCCUCCAGUACCCGAAGUCCAGCCUUGUGCCUCCAACUCUGGUGCUUUACCUUCUCCUUCGGGGCGAUCACGGGGUGCUCGGUUAUGCUUCAGCGUCUGGUCACCUUCUUCCAACUCAGUGCAACAUCCCUCCACUACCUCAGCACGUACACUCCGAGCCAGGCGGUAUCGCAAGCUAGCGAGAAUUGUGCGGUCCACCAGCGACCCUAUUUCCUGUAACUCUGUAGAUAGACCUGACAUCUGUGGCUAUACUUCUGCAGCAUUCAUGGAGCUUUCAGGCAGCAUGCCAUCCCAGUGCACCAAACACAUCAGCCGUGGUGUGAAGAAGCAGAAGGAUUGCGGGAAAGCGGAACUCCGUCUGAAAAACCGCACUCUGCACCCUGCCUCCAGCGAACGCCCUCACUCGUUAGUCGACCUCCAAACCUACAAAGACACUAAGAUCCUGGUGGCUCGGUUCCUCGAGCACUCCAGCUGCAGCCUGCCUCCCAAUGUGCAGCAGGUAGUCAACAGCAUCAAGUGUGUUAUCAAAUCGGAUGAGAAACACAUGGAAGAGGCCAUGUUCAGCGCCAGUAUCCUUGAUCAGAUGAUGUCACACUCGCAGCCAAUCACAAGCAGCCUCAGAAAAAGCAUUCAUGAUGAUCUGCAUCUACAGAGCUGCGGGGCGCUGAGUUCUCCAUCCUUGCGCCGGUGUAAUAAACCUUGGGUUUUGGACGAAACGGAUGCUAUUGGUGACCCGGGUCAUGACCUCCCUCAACGACCCAAAAGCCUCAUCAGUGUGUGCAGGGAAACCAUCCUCUGACCACUGUCCUUUCUCUGUGGGCCAUAGGACUUCUCCCACUCAUAAACUAUCAUGCCAAGGCUCAUCAGCAGGAAUAGUAGCACUCAGAAUGCAUUGAAACAUUCAAAGAAAAAAACACACCAUAAAAGAAUGUUCAUUUUCAGGGGGUGCUUUUUAAUUUAUUUCAGUCAAAAUAUUUGCAAGUUUGGAGUUUUGCAUCUCGAUGGACUAAAAAAAACAAAAAAAAACAAUGCUAUGUUUUGGAAAGAAAGGUUUGAUGAAUCUGACUCUUAAGUAAACUGUGAUUUUGAUGGGAACAGGAUUUUGUUGUUUGGUGUGAGACUGCAGGAAAAAACUCCACAUUGUUGGAUUACUUAACUUACCUCAGUGUGAUGUUCUUUUCAGUGUUAUGAAUAAAAUAAG